GUAUAGUGAAGUUCAGCUUCGCCGGUAUCGUUGGAUCGCCAAGAUGCAAAAAAAGAACUGGAUGAGGCCAUGUUAGCACGCGAAGAUCAACAAUCACAACUGUUCGAUGCGUGCUUCGUCAAGGUGUACCAUAGCAGCUUCGCCAGCCUACUGGGAGAUGAGAAGCACAACAUGACCAUGACCUUGAACAUGUACCACGCCGCAACUCCAAUAGCGCUUGCGGUGGGGUUCGAGAGCAACGAGGGCGAGUACGAGCCAACCGUGGAGGUAACGAUGGUACGCACUCAUGCAUAACAUCCUCCGCAGCACGAAGUGAAAACGUAC